GUGUGUGUGUGAGAGUGAGGAGGAGAUGACACACAGGCUGAGCAAGCCCCUGGCCAGAUCUGCCUAAAGCUGUGAUAAGGAGGUGCAGGAGAGGCAAAUGAGCUGAGACCCUGGGACUUUUUCCUCCUUGCAACAAGGAAGGGACUUGUACAGAGUGGAUCCAGAUUGGUGAAGGAUUCUACAAGAUUGGAAGAGAGGCCUCUUCCACCUUCUCCUUCUUGAGCAGGCAUGGAGUCCAGCAACGAUACCGACAGCUACCCAGGCAUUCUGGAGUGUGACUACGAGGACUGGAGUUCAUCCAGGAUCCUGAUUCCCUCCAUCUACUUGCUGGUUUUCUUCCUAGGAACCACCGGCAACGGCCUGGUGCUAUGGACCAUUUUCUGCGGAGGCCAGGAGAAACGGCGGUCUGCAGACACAUUCAUUGCCAACCUGGCAGUGGCCGACCUCACCUUUGUGGUCACCUUGCCACUUUGGGCUACCUACGUCAUCCUGGACUACGACUGGCCCUUUGGCUCUUUUGCCUGCAAGCUCAGCAGCUACCUGGUCUUUGUCAACAUGUACGCCAGUGUCUUCUGCCUCACAGGGCUCAGCUUUGACCGCUACCUGGCCAUCGUCCGCCCCAUCGCAAAUGCCAAGCUGAGGUCCAAGGUCAGUGGGCUUUUGGUGACCCUAACCCUCUGGGCCAUGGCAGUCCUCCUAGCCUUGCCAGCCAUGAUCUUCCGGAGCACAGCCGUCUUCAACGGGACAGACAAAGUGACGUGCUACAUGAAUUUCUCCAGUGUGGCCACUGAUGAGACCGAGCAGGUCUGGGAAGCAGGGCUGGGCUUGUCUUCCACCCUUCUAGGCUUUGUGCUUCCCUUUGCCAUCAUGCUGACCUGCUACUUCUUCAUUGCCCGCACCAUUGCUGGCCACUUCCGAAAGGAGCGCACCGAAGCGCUGAGGAAGCGGAAGCGCCUGCUGACCAUCAUCAUCGUCCUGGUGGCCACCUUCGCUGUCUGCUGGCUGCCCUUCCACUUUGUGAAGACGAUCUACAUGCUGAUGGACUGGGGGGUGAUGCCCUUGUCUUGCGGCUUCCACGCCUUCCUCAGCAACCUCCACCCAUACAGCAGCUGCUUGGCUUACAUCAACAGCUGCCUCAAUCCUUUCCUCUACGCCUUCUUUGACCCCCGCUUCCGACAGGCCUGCGCCGCUGUCCUCUGCUGCAGCCCAGGGCAUUUGGCAGGAUCUGGCGGGGACAAGUCAGCCAGCUACUCCUCCGGCCACAGCCAGAACCACCUGGGGAAAGGAGCAGAUGCACAGCGGGAGAAGCAGUGCCCUGACAGCCAGGAGACUCUGCUCCGGGGAUAAAAGCUGGACUACGCUACACACACAUGUAAAGGACUUUGGAGAUAAGGGGCUCUGUUUUCCUCUUUUCCACCCUCUUCUGUGGGCCCUUCCUUUCUAAUGCUAUUAUCUUUUUCAGGGUUCCCUUACCCCUUCUGACUUACACCCCAAUCUGCCUUUCUUUGUCUUUCUCUGCCCACCACCUCGUCCCCUAAACCGAGCUAGAAAAAUUGGUGGUCUUCAAUUGUUGCUGGACUCCACCUCCCAUCAUGACCCAAAGGUCAGGGGUGAUGUGGUCCAACAUCCAUGUUUAACUUUGCCACUUGACCUCUUUUUAAGAUGGAAUAUCCUGCAGUGAUGGGCUGAGCUAGGCUCCCAAGGAACAAUUAGGAGCUCUGCCAGCUGUUUUGGAGCGAAAAAUACUGGUCAUGGUGCUGAAACAUAACUCUGCUAGGCACUGGCUCUGUCUCCUGCCCCAUAGCACUUUCAAUACAGUUUUGCUUCUGUCCCCCCCUCUGCACAUCUGUGCUUUUUAUUGGCACGGGGAUAUGGUGCAAAGAUAAAUCUGCCUUAUUCGUGCUACUUGACCUUCCAGUAGCACGGCAGCAGGAAAGAGGGAGCAGAGAUGAAUUCCUUAAGAGGUGACCAGCUGUCUUAGGAGGCAAGCAAAGUCUGCAAUCCCACGCACACAUAGUUGGGAACGAGUCCCCUUGAACUCAGACUUCUGAGCAGGCAUAACGGGUUGCACAGAUGGUUUGAUCACCGAGGAGUCAGCCUAUAACUUCUAGGCAAAUCCUGGGCAUUCUAGAAAGGCAGCAAUCCCACGCGCAUGAAAUUAACGGGACUCAUUUCCAAUUAAAUCAGGACAGGAUCAUCCAGUGUGUCCCACUGGGUUCCACUGGGCUUACUUUCAAGUAAGCAGCAUAGGAUUGCAACCUUGGGUAAGGAUUUUUAGCUUAUGGUGAAUCCCACCCUCCCCUGGUUAUAGAACCAUAAAAUUGUAGAGUUGGAAGGGACCCCAAGGGUCAUCUAGUCCAACCCCCUGCAAUGCAGCAGUGUCAGAAUUCAUUCUGCCCCACACUCCCUAAAUAACAACAAACCUGGGAGUAAUAACUUAUUAUCUGUAGCUGGCUGUUGUUAUUUUUUAUUAUUAUUUUUUUGCUGCUGCUGUUGUCUGAGCCAGCCUCUGGUCAGGAUUCCCUGCCUCAGAAGUUUCCCCACCCACCCAAUUCAUUCUUCUUGUUAGGAAACACUUGGGGAUGUGAUUGAAUUACAGCUCCGAGUUGCUCUAGACCUCUGCCGGAGCAAAAUGACUACAGCUCAAGGAAUGUAUCCUUUUUAAGAUCCAGCACUAGGACUGGCACCAUGGACAGAGGUCUCUGGCCUGCUCCCUGUACAGUGGUACCUCGGGUUACAUAUGCUUCAGGUUACAUAAGGUUCAGGUUACUGACUCCGCUAACCCAGAAAUAUUACCUCGGGUUAAGAAUUUUGCUUCAGGAUGAGAACAGAAAUUGUGCUCCGGCAGUGUGGCGGCAGCAGGAGGCCACAUUAGCUAAAGUGGUCCUUCAGGUUAAGAACAGUUUCAGGUUAAGAACAGACCUCCGGAAUGAAUUAAGUACUUAACCCGAGGUACCACUGUAGUUGAAAUGUGCCUUAUAAGAUGCACUGAGAACAGAUACCAGACUGCCCUUCCCUUUGUUCUUCUCCCUCUUUUCCUGUCCCUUAACACCCCCUCCCACUUUAUUUCCUGCCACAAGAUGUGAAGGAAAGAUGUGAGGUGUGAAAAACUAUCUCCUCUUCCUCACACACACACAGUUAUGGAUGGUUUAGCAGGAGUGACUUCUUGUGUUUUCAGUUUUUUUAUGGUAUAAUCCCCCUCUUUCCCCACAAUUCACUGGGAGCUGGUUUCUCCCAGAAUGUGUACAGAACCCCCUUUUGCAGGCAAUAUGAACAGAAAUGGCAAAAUGCAGUUAAUAUUGCAUAUGAGCUCCCUUUUAAGGGGGUUGGGACCAAAUGGCAACUUUCUGAUAAUUUCCUUGUGUUCAUUCUCCAGUUUAAUAUAUUGAGCCAUGCAGCAAAAUGCUCCAGAACACUAUUAUAGGCGUGUUCACAUGUUGCAUUCAAGGAGUGUGCAGUCUGUGUACCUGUCUACACAUAUAAUGGAGCUGUACAUAUCAGAUAGUUACACUCUUUUGCACAAAGAUUUGCAAGUGUGUAGAGAAAGCUUGUAACUGUGCUCUCCGCAACCUAUGAACAAGCCUUGAGGAAUUUGUCUGUUGGCAAAAGGUUUAUGUAUGAAAUGACCUUAAAAAUGCAUUCUCUGUUCUUAUUAAUCUAGAGACCCUAGGACAAAAUUGCAAAAUAAUAAUAAUAAUAAUUUAAUCUCUCACUUGCUAUAUUUUUUUAUAUCUGAAUGAUUAUUUUAAAAACGACUCAUGUUUAAUUUCCUAAACUUUUUUGUAUAGGAUUUCUGCUGACCUUUUAAAAUUUUAGCAAGUGCUGCAGACUGAAAAGAGGCUUUUAGCAAUCAAAUACUCUGCUUGAAUAAAGAAUAGCGAACUGGGAAAUACAAAAGUUUUUGUAUAGAUCCUAUUGAAACAAAAGUAUUCAUCAUCAUCAUUUUUUUUAUCCUGCCUAAUCCAAAUUCAUUUCCCACCUGAGAAUGUAAUGUUCUAUUGUUGAAUUAAAGAAUCUUAAAAUG